CGAGCGCGGCGUCAACUGGAGUGUGUAUAAUGGCCGUGCAAAUAGUGAUGCCGUGUGAAUAACUGCCGGUAACUACGUUAUUGGCAGGCGGGCAUAAGGCGCAGAAUUUGUUUGAGAGAGUCUUGAUUUGCAUCGAACAAUGGACGAUGAUGAUGUUCCCGAGUUGGUUCCAGUGGAUUUCCAGCCGGUACCGGUGACAGUCAUCACAGGGUACCUUGGGGCCGGAAAAACCACCCUCCUCAACUAUAUUCUGCACGAACAAAGCGAAAAGAAAAUAGCAGUAAUUCUCAACGAGUUUGGAGAAGGAAGUGCUCUGGAGAAAAGUAUAUCUGUUGGGUCCGAAGGAGCUCUGUACGAAGAAUGGUUGGAGUUACGCAAUGGUUGCCUAUGCUGUUCAGUAAAAGAUAACGGAGUUAAAGCUAUUGAAAAUCUCAUGUCCAAACGAGGGAAAUUUGAUUAUAUUCUAUUAGAAACAACAGGACUUGCAGACCCAGGACCUAUUGCCACAAUGUUUUGGUUGGACAAAGAACUUGGAAGUGACAUUUUUCUAGACGGUAUUAUCACUGUGGUUGAUACAAAGCACUGUUUGGAGCAAAUUAAUGAUGAUACUGCUGUCAACUUUGAAGAUGGAGAACCCAGUAAUGCAGCAAUUAGACAAGUAUGUUUAGCUGAUCUUAUUCUGUUAAACAAAACUGAUCUCACUUCAGAAGAGACAUUGAAGAAAACCAAAAGUCUAAUACGCAAGUUGAAUGGUGUUGUAGACUUGAUCGAAACACAACACUCCAAAAUCUCUUUGGACAAGAUUUUGGAUCUGCGUGCGUACAGUGGCACUGGAUCCGCCAGACUGGAGCGUCUGAUGUCCGCUGGCCAGGAUGCGGCGUCGCAUUUAGACAAGGAGGUCGGCAGUGUGACCCUUCUCCUGGACCAGCCUCUGGGCCGCGGCGCCCUGGACCUGUUCCUGCAGCGCGUCCUGUGGGAGGGCCGCCUGAAGGACUCGGCGGGCAGGACGGCCAACGUCAUCAGGCUCAAGGGCGUGCUGAUGCUGGACGGCCGGCCGCACCUGCUGCAGGCAGUGUACCAGACCUGGGACGUGGAAGCGGUGCCGGACUCGGCGGCCGAGCCCGUCCAGGACCGCCUCAUCUUCAUCGGCCGCCACCUGGAGGAGGGCUGCCUCCGCCGCCUGCUGCAGGAGUGCGUCGCCGAGACGUCGCCGUCGUCCGCCUGAGCGCCGCCGUCGCCGUCCCGUCUGCGUCCGCAGAAUCGUGACGCAGAAGCCGAACGCAACGAGACUGCCCCGGAGUCGGCGCCCGAAGUCCACGCCGCAAUGAGUCCAUCAAUGUCUUUUGACUCGAUAACGAAUAAAGUCGACCGCGAGUCGAAAGCUCCUCCG